CAGCUGUCAAAUAAAAUCUAUUUCGCUAUUCAGUCUGAUUGCAGAAUCAGCGGAUGUUCUUGAAGUACUUACUUAGUAAAAUAUACUAUUUAUAAUCGAAUUCAAUAUAACUCGUUCGUUACUUCAAAGCGUCAAUUAGGUCGUGCUAAACGCCGAAAAAGUAAUGGGAAAUAAAGUUAGUGCAAGUCCGGUCGCUGCUCUACCUGCCGUUGCUGAGUCUCCGCAAUCUUCGUCGGUGGGAACCAAACAGGAGAAACCCAAAUGUAAAGCCUGCUGUGCAUGUCCAGAGACCAAGCGGGCUAGAGAUUCCUGCAUCAUGGAACGAGGUGAAGAAAAAUGUGGAGAACUGAUCGAAAAACAUAAACAGUGCAUGCGAGACAUGGGUUUCAAUAUUUAGAUUAGAACUCGCAUAGAUGAGAUGUUCUAGACUGAUAAGCGGCGUAGUUUUAUCUAAAUUACGCUCACCAGAACACGGAGUCGUUUUCUAAUUUAAUUGCAUUCAUCUCGGUCACGCAGCUGCAUUGUAAAUAUAGCAAAUAAGUUAUUCGGUUGAAUUAUUAUUUAAUUGGUAGUAACCCUUUGAAAUGUUUAGUACUUAACAUUUGUUAGAACACAAUAAACAGUGUUGUGAGAACAUAAGAA